UGAUAACUCAGCGGGGUAACAUGCCCAGGGGAGUCGCACGUUGCUCUUUUGUCUUUCGUUUCCCUCGUAGGGCUGAAGGGGAAAGCAGAAGCACUGGAAGUCUGGUAGCUCGCACUUCAUCUUGACAGUGAGGUCUGUUUCAACGAAGAUCAGGGGAUCGUUCAACACACGCGCAGAAUAAAGAGGAUCCCGUCUUCAGAUCGCAGAAUGGCGACGCAUGAACGGCUGGCAUCAAUAAAGCAUUGGAUCUCCUCUCGACGAUGUGUUAGUGUUCUCAAAGGCGCUCUUACGUACACUCUUGCACUUAUGCUGCCCUUCCUGGCAGGCUUUGAUAGGUUCGAGGUUUACCCAGCUUCAUACUCGGCAAUGAUCAUCGUCACAAUUGCUUGUUUCCCUGGACGCUCCACGGGUGAAGCUUUGGAAUCCACAUUUUUCGCUUUGUUAGGAGUCACCAUUGGCGCAGGAAAUUUCGCGAUUCUGGCUAAACUUAGAUCUUCACUACCCGCUCAGGCAGUAGUGUUUGUCAUCAUGGUCUACUUUUUGGCCCUUCUCAAGGCAUAUAACAUCAAGUACUUUGGGAUGUCCCUACUGGCGAUCCUGAUGACUUUCAAUGGUGUAUAUACGUCUAUCCUGACUGGGGCAUUUAUUCCCACCUAUCUUGAAAGCUACAUCAAAUCAUACUUCUGGGGUGGUGCCUUAGUUGUUGGAGUGAAUAUCUUUGUCUUCCCGGAGUCAUCUGAGAAACAGCUCCGACAAACACUUGUUACUUCUUUGGAUCACAUUUCAAUAUUCCUGCAUUUGCUUGCAAAGACCUACACGGUGACGAUAACUGACGAAGAAAGGAAAGUCCGCGAUGGUUUGAAUCAAAGUAUACGUGCAGACUUUGGUCUAUUGAACGCUAAGGCCGAGGCAACCACAAUUGAAAUUAACUGGUCUAGGUGGUCUACAGAGGAUUACAGGGAUAUAAUUACCCAAACCCGAAAAAUGCAAUUGGGUCUUAUUGCGAUGUAUUCGAGCUUAAUCAAAUUGGACAACGCAAGAGGCGUUCCAGGUUCAAAAGGAGAUGGCCCAUUGUUCAGGAAGCAUUUUCUGCCAAGCACAAUUGCCUCAUUCCAUCGUCUACGGCGGGACACGCAAAGAACCAUCUUUGAAAUUCAAAAGGAGUUGAGUGGGGGUUGUUCCAGGAUUUGGGAACCUGGCCGCUCUGGCUAUGAAGUGUUUUUUGAUCUUGAAAAACAGGAACUAGGCGGCGGCGAGGAGGGGACGAGUGACCAAACUGAGGAGCCCGUGAUCGGGCUGGACGGCGACCGUCAGUUAGGACCCGAUACCAAAGAAAGCCCAGUUCCGCAGGUUUCGGCGGCAGCAGCAUCGCGGCCACAACCUACUCGUUUCGUGUCCUCUCUUUCCAUCGCCGAGCGUCUCCGUGUUGUCUCCGAUCGGUUGGCGCAAGAAGUAGAGCUGAAGUCGCCCGCAACUGUGUCAGGUUCCACCGAUCUCAGCAGUGAUACCACGCCAUACCCAGACGAUAUUGAUGAUGGAAAUGAUAAAAAAAAGAAUGGGAAAACUGCACCGAAAGUCAGAGGAUCUGCCCGGCUGCUCAAACUUCAUUUUCACGAUUUCGAGAAGAAACAGUUGGAUUUACUCACAGAAGCUGUAUGCUCGGGUGAGCUCUACGGGAACGACCCAACGCUCCGUGUAAGGGAACCCCGUCCCAGUGUGUGGGAUACCUGGGGACCAGAUCAUAUUCGUGGCCACGUUGAUGGGGAAGACAUUGUUGAUCCCGCAACAGAUGGAACACAUGGGAUGUCUAGUGGGAAAGCAUCGAAUACAUCAUCGUUAAGGAAAAGGAAGGUCGAAAGACCGGGUCCAGAUAAUUCUGGUCGCUCCGGCGAAUUCGAUGUGACCGCUCGAAUGGAAGACCCUGAUUCGGACGAUGACAAUGGAGAACCCGAACCGGAGGACCCCGUAGCAAGAACCAGCAAUGAAUCCUUAAUGCGUGUAUUUGCAAUGAUCUUCGCUCUGGACUCAUUCACGAGCAAUCUUGCAUUGUGUCAUGCCAUUGUUACUCGGAAGGAUUCACAUGGGCGGAGUAGAAAGCGCCUCCGUUUCCAUUUCUUCGAAGGGCUCAGAAAGCCACACAGGCAUCAUAUCCAACUCUCGGAAUUUCUUGGCGAACAUCCCUCUCACACCGCAUCCCCACAGACCCACGAUGGAGAAAUGAACACCAACGCGGCAACUGCUGAUCCCGCCUUAACAAGCCAUGUUACCUCAAUCGAAGAUCCGCCAUCAGGGGACGUUACCAGUGAUUUGUCUAUGAAAGAAGCUUUGGCGCUUCUUGAGGGUAAAGAGUAUGUACCUGAUAGGCCAGGAUUCUGGCUGAGGCUCUCGAGGCUCGAAGCCAAGCUACACACGCCCAUUAGCAUAUAUGCAGGAAAGGUUGCAGGUGCUUGUUUGGUCUUUGCCAUUCUCAUUUGGGCAGAUCAUACGCGACAUUUUUUCCUUACGUAUGGUAUCCAAGGAUCUUUGCUCACCGUGGCUGUCGCUCUAUCACCGACGCUCGGCCAGAGUGUAAGAACAUUCGUCCUUCAAAUAAUCGGAUCCAGUGUGGGAUAUUUGCUUGGCUUGGCGUUCUUGGAGAUGUUUAAGAAUGUUGGAGGAUAUCGCUAUAACCCAUACGGAGUCACUUGUAUGGUUGGCUUGUUCUCACUGCCUGCCAGCUGGCUCCUGUACGAACGGCCACAAUACUUCACAGGCGUUCUUUUGGGGAUGAAUGCAUGUGGAGUGCUUGUCAUAUCCCAAUGGGUGCAAGUAGUCCAUCUUCAUAACAAAGCAUAUGGAGAACCUCCCAUCCGGGUUGGAAGGUCCCUCGCGGGCCUCGCAAUUGCAUUGGGAAUCGUUCUGAUUUUCCAGCUUGUGGUACUUCGAAACCCAGCAAGGCGUACUCUCAGAAAGCAAUUGGCGUACGUCAUGUAUUCUGAGUUGUCAUACAUCACAAUACUGCAAGCGUUUAUGCGGGGCAUGAUGCCGACCGAAGCGGGCUUCCGACCCCCAACAGCUGCGGUUAAAAAGGUAAUCGAGGAGCUGGUGCACCGAGAACAUAAGAUUCAAGGACAAAUCUUAGCGGUUAUGCCCUUAAUUGCAUUUUCGAAGGAUGAGCCGCAAUGGUCGAAGCCGUUCCAGGCAGGAGAAAUCAUGAAGAUCGUCCGUGCCAGCCAAAUUAUUCUUGAUCGGCUGCGCGAUGCUCGCUAUGCUGUAGGCCACAAAGGGUUCUCAGAAAACCUUCUGAAGUCGAUUAUACGAGGACUUUCACCUUACCGCAAGCGACUUUCUCGCCAGAUCAAGAAUCACCUUUGUCUGAUAUCCGCGAGCAUCAUGUCAAAGACGCCAUUGCCACAUGAUACGAUGAUGGAGAAUUGGGUCUCUCAGAUGACACAUGACGCGUUGGUUUUGAGUCAGAGGUUUGCGCAGACGGCUGAGGGCCGCGCGUCAAUGGCUAGCGGGGAGUUCACGAGAUACUGGUUUUAUAUACUUUCUAUUUCUUCCAUCGCGGAACAAGUUCAGGCGAUUGAAGAGUGCCUCAGGAAGUUGUACGGUCAAAUCGAGGAUGACCACAGGCUAUGGUAGGUUUUACAGUACGG